AAGGCCAAUCAACCAUUGAAUUUUCUCCUUUCGCUUCACCCACGAGUCAUGUGUCUUCUCUUACAACUAGGUAAACGCAACCUCUGAGUGGAAAAAAAAAAAAACGGAAAACCCUGCUGUAAUCAUUUUCUCUGUCAUCCUCGUUUCAUAUUCUUCCGACCUUCUUCCAUAAUUCCAUCGCUGUCAACACAAACCACCACAAACCUCCAAAUCGCCACCUCCUACUUUCUCUCUCAUGGCUCGGAAAUCUGCCCCCACCCUCCUAAAACGCCUCAUCGAUACCUCCUCCGGCCUAAACUCUAACCCUAACUUCCUCCCAAAACCAUGGCUGUCACACUCAAGAUCCGUCACCUACAUGCCCCGACCCGGCGAUGGUGCUCCACGAAAAGUAACCUUGAUUCCGGGUGACGGUAUCGGGCCUUUGGUCACUGGCGCCGUCGAGCAAGUAAUGGAGGCGAUGCACGCGCCGGUAUACUUCGAGAAGCAUGAGGUGUAUGGAAACAUGAAGAAGAUUCCAGAGGAAGUUUUGGAUUCGAUUCGGAAGAAUAAGAUUUGUUUGAAGGGUGGGUUGGCGACUCCGGUGGGUGGCGGUGUUAGUUCGUUGAAUAUGCAAUUGAGGAAAGAGCUUGAUUUGUACGCUUCAUUGGUCAAUUGUUUUAAUCUGAAAGGACUGCCGACGAGGCAUCAGAAUGUGGAUAUUGUGGUUAUUAGGGAGAACACUGAAGGGGAGUAUUCUGGUCUUGAGCACGAGGUUGUGCCCGGCGUCGUUGAAAGUCUUAAGGUGAUAACAAAGUUUUGCUCGGAGCGCAUUGCAAAAUAUGCGUUUGAGUAUGCGUACCUCAAUAAUAGAAAGACGGUGACAGCUGUGCACAAAGCUAACAUCAUGAAGCUUGCAGAUGGUCUCUUCUUAGAAUCUUGUCGAAAAGUUGCAAGCAAAUACCCUGGAAUCAAGUAUAAUGAGGUCAUCGUGGACAAUUGCUGCAUGCAACUUGUAUCUAGGCCUGAACAAUUUGAUGUGAUGGUGACGCCAAAUCUGUAUGGGAAUCUUGUGGCAAACACAGCAGCUGGUAUAGCUGGUGGUACUGGAGUAAUGCCUGGAGGUAAUGUAGGAGCAGAUAAUGCUGUGUUCGAGCAAGGUGCUUCAGCAGGAAAUGUUGGGAGUGAUGACAUAUUGAAAGAAAAGAAAGCAAAUCCAGUAGCACUUCUACUAUCAUCUGCAAUGAUGUUAAGGCAUCUCCAGUUUCCUUCAUUUGCUGAUCGAUUGGAGACUGCUGUGAAAAGAGUAAUAGCAGAGGGGGAGUACAGAACACCAGAUCUUGGAGGUGAUAGCACCACCCAAGAGGUGGUUGAUGCAAUCAAAGCAUAUCUAGACUAAGGUUGUUCUCCAACUGUGAACUUUGUUUGUUGACAGGCGUAUUCUUCUUGGGUAUCUGCUUGCAGAAUAAUCCAUAUCAUCAAGAUCUUCUUGUAAUUGGCAAAUACUUUGAUUUACAUAAUAAUAUGAUUCAAAAUGAAGAAUCAUAGGAUUGAAAAACGACGAGCACUUUGAGGGAGUAGGAAAUUUUAUCAGUUUAAGCAAAAGCUGAUUGUAGCUUCUCGGACUUUGUUGGCUCCGCACUGAAGAUGUGGAACAAUCAUACGAUACUGGAAAUUGAUGUAUAUUCUUUUGUAAUUUAAUUGUUCAAAUGAUAGCUAAGCUGCUGAGAUUUUUGAUUUGUUA